CACCACCUUUCCAGGUGCCUGCAACGCAGCAGCAGAGGGGCAACAUCGUACCUGAAAUUCAGUGACAACACACAAGGAUGGACUGUGGCGCUGUUUGCCCCCAGCCAGCUUCUUGGCAGUGUGAAGUUUAGACCCACUCAUGGAGAUGCAGCUAUCAAAAUCCAUAGAGCUACUGGGCUCAGACCCAGGGGAAGACACACAUGUACCUAUGCCACAGGAAUCCCAAGGACCAUCCCAUGUGACAGGAAGACCAGUCGAUAAGAGUCUGGGGUUCACCAGGAAUGACCUACAGCAUGUUUAACACAAUUUCAUGUGUGCUGGAGAAGAGAAUUGGGUGGACAAUCGGACUAUUUAUGUUGGGCACCGCGAACCCCCUCCAGGCGCUGAAGCAUAUAUUCCACAGAGAUAUCCAGAUAACAGAAUAGUUUCAUCAAAGUACACAUUUUGGAACUUUGUACCGAAGAACUUGUUUGAGCAAUUCAGAAGAAUAGCUAACUUUUAUUUUCUCAUCAUUUUUCUUGUUCAGUUAAUUAUUGAUACACCAACCAGUCCGGUAACAAGUGGACUUCCACUGUUGUUUGUCAUCACUGUAACAGCUAUCAAACAGGGUUAUGAAGAUUGGCUUAGACAUAAAGCAGACAAUGCAAUGAACCAAUGCCCUGUUCAUUUCAUUCAGCAUGGCAAACUGGUUAGAAAGCAAAGCCGAAAAUUAAGAGUUGGAGAUAUUGUGAUGGUAAAAGAAGAUGAAACAUUCCCAUGUGACUUAAUAUUUCUAUCAAGUAGUCGAGGGGAUGGAACAUGUUUUGUUACAACUGCUAGUUUGGAUGGUGAAUCCAGUCAUAAAACUUAUUAUGCUGUUCAAGAUACAAAAGCGUUUCGUACCGAACAAGAAAUUGAUGCACUGCAUGCUACCAUUGAAUGUGAACAACCUCAGCCUGACCUUUAUAAAUUUGUUGGUCGAAUAAAUGUUUACCAUGAUAGGAAUGAACCUAUUGCCAGGCCAUUAGGAUCUGAAAAUCUGCUUCUUAGAGGAGCUACUUUAAAGAACACAGAAAAAAUCUUUGGUGUUGCUAUAUACACUGGCAUGGAAACUAAGAUGGCAUUGAAUUACCAGGCAAAAUCACAGAAACGAUCUGCUGUAGAAAAAUCAAUGAAUGUAUUCCUGAUUGUCUACCUCUGUAUUCUAAUAAGUAAAGCAUUAAUAAAUACAGCCUUGAAGUAUGUCUGGCAGAGUGAUCCGUUUCGUGAUGAACCAUGGUAUAACCAGAAAACUGAAUCGGAAAGGAAAAGAAAUCUGUUUCUUAGAGCAUUUACCGACUUCCUUGCAUUCAUGGUUCUUUUCAACUACAUUAUUCCUGUAUCCAUGUAUGUUACUGUGGAAAUGCAGAAGUUUCUUGGUUCUUAUUUCCUUACGUGGGAUGAAGAAAUGUUUGAUGAGGACACAGGUGAAGGCCCUUUGGUGAAUACGUCUGACCUCAAUGAAGAGUUAGGGCAGGUUGAAUAUGUGUUCACAGAUAAAACAGGAACAUUAACUGAAAACAACAUGGAAUUCAUAGAGUGCUGCAUUGAAGGGCAUGUUUAUAUACCUCAUGUCAUCUGUAAUGGGCAAAUCCUCCAUGACUGUACCGGCAUUGAUAUGAUUGACUCUUCUCCAGGAGCAAGUGGGAAAGAGAGAGAGGAGUUGUUUUUCCGAGCUCUUUGUCUUUGUCACACUGUUCAAGUGAAAGAUGAUGACAAUAUAGAUGGACUAAAGAAAAGCCAGCUGUCGAGAAGGCCUUGUAUAUAUAUAUCCUCAUCACCAGAUGAAGUUGCUUUAGUGGAAGGAAUACAAAGGCUUGGUUACACGUAUCUGAGGCUGAAGGACAACUUUAUGGAAAUUUUAAAUCGAGAAAAUGACAUUGAGAGGUUUGAAUUAUUAGAGACUUUGAGUUUUGAUUCUGUAAGGAGACGAAUGAGUGUAAUUGUUAAAUCGGCAACAGGUGACAUUUUUCUCUUUUGUAAGGGAGCAGAUUCUUCAAUAUUUCCUAGAGUUAAAGAGGGCAAAAUAGACCAAAUACGAUCUCGGGUUGAGCGCAAUGCAGUGGAGGGACUCCGAACACUCUGUGUUGCAUAUAAGAAGUUCACACACAAAGAGUAUGAUUUUUUGCACAAGAUGCUUCAGAGUUCAAUGCUGGCCCUGCAGGAUCGGGAAAAGAAACUGGCAGAGGCAUAUGACAAGAUAGAAAAGGAUCUUAUUUUGCUUGGUGCUACAGCUGUUGAAGACCGACUACAAGAAAAAGCUGCUGACACUAUUGAAGCACUCCAGAAAGCUGGCAUUAAAGUUUGGGUUCUGACAGGCGACAAAAUGGAAACUGCUGCAGCCACUUGCUAUGCCUGCAAGCUCUUCAGAAGAAACACACAAAUACUUGAGCUAACCACGAAGAAAAUUGAGGAACAAAGUUUACAUGAUGUGCUGUUUGACCUAAGCAAAACUGUCCUUAGGCACAGUGGCAGCUUAACCAGGGACAGCUUCUCAGGACUUUCAGCUGAUAUGCACGAUUAUGGUUUAAUUAUUGAUGGAGCAGCAUUAUCAUUAAUAAUGAAACCGAGAGAAGAUGGGAGCUCGGGUAACUACAGAGAACUCUUCCUUGAAAUCUGCAGAAACUGCAGUGCAGUGUUAUGCUGUCGAAUGGCGCCUUUGCAGAAAGCUCAGAUUGUAAAACUGAUUAAAUUAUCUAAGGAACAUCCUAUCACGUUAGCAAUUGGUGAUGGAGCAAAUGACGUCAGUAUGAUUCUUGAAGCACAUGUUGGUAUAGGGGUCAUUGGAAAGGAAGGUCGUCAGGCUGCAAGAAAUAGUGACUAUGCAAUACCUAAAUUUAAACAUUUGAAAAAAAUGUUACUUGUUCACGGGCAUUUUUAUUAUGUGAGGAUAUCAGAGCUUGUGCAAUACUUCUUUUAUAAGAAUGUCUGCUUCAUUUUUCCUCAGUUUUUAUAUCAAUUCUUCUGUGGAUUUUCACAACAGCCUUUAUAUGAUACUGCAUACCUUACGCUGUACAAUAUCAGCUUCACUUCCCUUCCCAUCCUUUUGUACAGUCUACUGGAACAGCAUAUUGGGGUAGACAUGCUCAAGAGAGAGCCUACCCUGUACAGGGAUAUUGCCAAGAAUGCUCUUCUGCGCUGGCGUGUGUUCAUUUAUUGGACAUUUCUGGGAGUGUUUGAUGCUAUGGUAUUUUUCUUUGGUGCCUAUUUCUUGUUUGAAAAUACAUCUGCUAGCAGCAAUGGACAGCUAAUGACAGCCAACACUCACAUGAUGUUUGGAAACUGGACUUUCGGAACGCUGGUAUUUACUGUGCUCGUAUUUACAGUUACAUUAAAGCUUGCGCUAGAUACACGCUACUGGACAUGGAUAAAUCACUUUGUGAUCUGGGGAUCAUUGCUGUUCUACAUUAUCUUUUCCCUACUCUGGGGAGGAAUUAUCUGGCCUUUUCUUAAUUAUCAAAGGAUGUACUAUGUGUUCAUGCAGAUGCUGUCUAGUGGGCCUGCAUGGCUGGGUAUCAUUCUGCUCAUAAUAAUCAGUCUUCUUCCUGAUGUACUCAAGAAGAUCUUAUGCAGACAGUUGUGGCCCACAGCAACAGAAAGAAUCCAGAAUACAUCAAGGCAGCAUCAGGACCACAUUUCAGAAUUCACACCUCUUGCCUCUAUGAAAAGCCCAAGAUACAGGAGCAAUGACUGCAGCAGUUCCCCACCAAGAAGGUCUAAUUCUCAUUCUAAAAAAAUGAUGUUUACGCACUGGAAAGGCAUUGAUUAUUCAAUACUUCCAUCUGUCUUUGGCUAUUCAAAUAAGCUUUGCAAUUCCAGUGCAAGCUACUGCUACAGUGGGUCAGGUUUGGAAACAUCUGUAUGACAGAUCACCAAUUCAAGCCUUUAAGAACUGUAUUUUUUUGUUUAUUUUUUUGCAAAUACAGAAAACAAACAUGUCACAGACCCAUAUUCAAAUAUACUUGGCUUUGGCCAUCUGAAGUAAAGUUCAGACUAACAGGAUCAAGAGCUAGAAGUAUGAAUCCUUCCAGGCCUGUUUGCCUAUUUUUGUCUUGAAUUGCUGAAGCAAUGAACAACCUGCACAGUCUGGCACUGUAAGACUGAAAGCACUAGAAAUGAUCUUCAUUUUGUGUCAAGACUUUUGUGCAUUUAUUGCUUCUGUCGUCUUUAGUUGUUCCCUUUAUUACUUGAAGUGUAUAGUUCCAGUCAGUGACCUACAUUUUGAGAUCAACAGUUUUAAUUUUCAGCCAGAAGCAAUGUGACCUCAGAUCUCUUUGGUGAAAGUCACUUAGAGCAUAUUUAACAAGUGCUGUUUCUUAUUUUCUCUGUCCUUUUUUCUUUCUUUGCUCUUUCUGUAGAACAAACUGGUGUUUCCUCUGUGCAAACCUGCUUUCAAGAAACUCCCUCUAAUAUUCACUUCCUUGUAAGUGGCCAAAUCAGGGCUAUGUAUGGUUUUGAGUUCGUUUUUUUCCUUGUAGAAAGAUAGACAGAAUCAUUUUGCUUAGAAUAGGUUCACACUUUCUGGAGUCAAGCUGGCUGUCAAAUAAGUCAGACCACCAAUAUUCACACUUUCUUAAACAAAUACGGAAUGGAAUAAUUAAACUUAAAAUGUUUUGGGAAAUUUCUAAAAAAUAAAUAAAUAAGUUGAACCAGCAUUCCCACCACUUUAGCUACCCUUAUGGAAAGGAAGCAUCUGCAUGUAAAUCUUAAGUAUAUGUAUUAAGAAGUACUGGUUUUACUUUUUUUCUAUUUCCUGCCCGUGCUAUGAAAAAAAUCUUAUUUUCAGUCAUUUACAGUAUCCAAAUAAGAUGCUUUUAAUAUCUGGAUUUUUGUUCUUUGAUUUUUGUUUUAGCUUUUUUCCCAUUUUACUGUGAGGUAAACUGCUAGCUAAUGGAUCCAGUAGAAGUACGUUCUCAUAAAGCAGUUUGUAUACACUUGUUAAUCUUUUUGAGAGACAACCACUAGAUGGUGUACAUCUGUUGUCAAUUCAACCACAUUUCUGAUACAAUGAUUACCAGUCAUCUGUAUGCAUUAUUUACUAGGCAUUCCAGCCAGCUUGUACAUCCACUUUCUCUGCAGUCUGCAGAGUUUAUUUUAGCUUGUACUAAUUUUACUACUAGAUGUCUACUUCUCCAGAUUUUUUUUAGUCCAGUGUUUUAUUUGGGGUGUAAAAACAUCUGAAGGACGAAUCUAAUACUUAUUAGUUUUAUUGUACCCCAUGUUUAUAACAGGUGAACAAGUGUAUCUUUUAAAAUGUUUCUGGCAGACAGUUAAAUUUUUUUUCUCUAUAGGAAACAAAAUAUUUGGGAUCAAAUUUGCUGCCUUUAUUAGAGAACUUGACCAAGGCAUUGUUUAUACCCUUUUUAAUGCUAUUGGCAUAGUGAAGGAAGUUUCUUUUUGCUUGUAUGUAUGAAAAAACUUCAAACUUCACUAGAGUUUUUAAAUGAAAGUAAAUUAAAUCCACUAGGAAACACUUACCACAAUGUUUUCAAUUAAUCCCUGUGAAAAUUGUUAAGUUGUGAAAACUUCAGUAUACCAAAGAUGAAAGAAGAAAAAAUAUGGCAAUGCUUACCACACAUUCACCCACUACCCUGUAUAAAGAUACUAAGUCACUUUUGCCAUUUACCAUGUAGCACUUUUUAGUUUCAAACAAUGCCAUUAUAUUGGUCACAUACUGUAAUAUAUAA